GCAUAUACGCUCCAGAACUCCAUGCAGACAGCAGCUGUCCUGAUAGUGGGCCGCCUGGGGCCAGCAGAGUUAUCGGCAGCAGCAUUUGCAAUGAUGCUUGCAAUGGUGACGGGCUGGUGCGUCGCCUUGGGAGGCACGACUGCUCUUGACACUCUUGGAUCACAGUCGUUCACGGGAAGUAAGGAUCCGUCAGACCUGUCGAUCCAUCUCCAACGUUGCGUCCUCUUGCUGUAUCUCUUGCUCAUCCCUGUCCUCCUUCUAUGGUAUUUUGUCCAACCUGUUCUGCUAUUCUUGGGUCAAGAAGUGAAGCUCAGCAGCGAUGUCCAAGCCUUUUUGCGAGUCUUGAUAGCUGGUGCGCCAGGCUACAUCGGGUUCGAGAGUGUGAAGAAGUACCUGCAAUGUCAAGGUAUCAUGCACGCAUCUACCGUGGUCCUGUUGAUAAUAUCACCAGUUAAUGUCGCUCUGAAUAUCUAUCUGGUCCACUAUACUUCCCUUGGCUUCCUGGGAUCUCCCCUCGCUGUGUCCUUCACGUACUGGCUUACUUUCUUUGGGCUGGUCCUAUUUUGUAUGUUUUCCCGUGCACAUCGUAAUAAUUGUGCUUGGGCCGGAUUUCAGCCUCGCCGGGUGCUGCAGCUCCAUCCAUCCUGGGAAUUCUUGCAGCUUGCCCUCCCUGGCAUUCUCAUGGUUGGUACCGAAUGGUGGGCUUUUGAGAUCGUGGCCAUCGCAGCGGGAAUGUUAGGAGCUCGGCCGCUCGCGGCUCAAUCAGUCAUUAUGACCACGGAUCAGGUACUCAAUACUGUGCCAUUUGGGAUUGGUGUCGCUGCGUCAACCCGGAUCGGAAAUCUCAUCGGUUCUCGCUCCGCUAGUGGAGCUCGCCAAGCCUCUCAUGCAAUGGCCUUCCUGAGUGUGGUUCUGGGUGGGAUAAUAAUGAUUGCGAUGUUGGCCACUAGAAAUGUGUUUGGCUACUUGUUCAGCGAUGAUGAAGAGGUUGUCAAUCUUGUGUCAAGCAUCCUCCCCCUCGUGGCCUCUUUCCAGAUUGCAGAUGGUUUAGCAGCAUCGUGCGGUGGAAUUCUCCGUGGUCAAGGACGUCAGCACCUAGGUGCAUUGUUCAAUCUCGUCUCGUAUUAUGUCCUUGCUCUUCCUCUCGGCCUUACCUUGGCCUUCGCGUUCGGGCAAGGCUUGCAGGGUCUGUGGGUUGGUCAAGUAAUCGCUCUUUUUCUCGUUGGUUUCAGUGAAUACGGGGUUGUUUGGCUAGGGUCAGACUGGGACAAGGAGAUCGAAAAGGGUAUCGAGAGACUGAAGGGCGAAGAGGUGAGACGGUCAGGUCUUGCCCUGUCCAGCACACCGUGA